AUGUCGAGACGCGGUGGAAUCGAAUCGUCGAAUAUCCUCGAUGGCCCGCGCAAACGUCUUCGCGGCAACAACGACGCAUCGGGCGAUGAUGCGCCUGCAGCCGCUGCUUCCAGCAGCACAGCCGCGCCCGCAACUGCAAGCGUAGCGGGCAUGGGUGCAAUCGAGCGCAAAAUUCACAGCCUUUCCGUUGAUCAAGUGGCGCAGCAGGGACAAAGGCUCAUGGACGCUAUCAUGGAAGCAGUCGAUCCUUCCGAUGGCGAACCUCUGCACGAAUUCUUUCUCGAGCUUCCCGACGCUCAGGAGUACCCCGACUAUUACGAGAUCAUCAAGCGGCCCAUGGCACUGGACGAGAUCCAAUCCAAGCUCGACCAACGCAGCUAUUCAUCACUUCCCGACGUGAAGCACGACUUUGAAACCAUCUGCAACAACGCCAAACGCUACAAUCUCCGCGACACCCCCGUCUGGCUCAAGGCAAGAGAGCUACACAGUCUUGUCAAGAUCACCUACGUUCAUAUCGUCGAGACUCUGCCAGAACCUAGCGUUGCAUCUGCACCUGCUUCCAUCGCCUCUGCUGAUCCGUCCAGCUCUGCUGUUGGCUCCGACGCUACGCCGUCGCGACCCAAACGCAUCCUUCUGCGCGCUGCCAAGUCGCAGCAAAAGCUCAAUGAGCACGUCCAGCCCAAAUCGGAAGUGCAAGAUCAACCGCUCCCACCAAUGCCCAGCUCAUCUCAUCCUCGACCAUCGUCGGACUCCAAACAAGAGCCGAGUGCGCCCGUCACCCCCGCUCGUCAGCAAAGCCAGCAACCUUACUCGGCUGCCGACACGCCCAGCUCCACCGCAGAUGACGACGACGCUGACGAGGACGAUGACCGCUGGGACACCAAUGACGGUGACUCGUCCAGGCUCACCAAGGGCGGCCUUCUUGACGGUCGCAAACGCCCGGGCAAGCGGGGCAAGCGUCUCAAAGCCACUCUUCGCCAGCUUAUCCACGACCUCCGUCGCGUCAACGGCUCACGAGGCUAUCCGCUCGUCGCCAACUUCGAAGCGCUCCCUGAUCGGCGCUCGAAUCCCGGAUACUAUCAGAUGAUAUCGAGGCCUAUCAGCUUGCGUGACAUUGAACAUCGCGUCUUCGAGAAGGGUUACAUCAACGCAUAUGCCCUGUUUACGGAUCUUGAGCUCAUGCUCAACAACGCCAUGACCUUUUAUCCUCCCGACUCUAACGUCUGGCAAGACGCCGCCGAGAUCCGUCAGUACUUUGAACGCGAGGCCAUCCCCGCUCUCAUUCAGGAUGGCUUCACGCUUGAAAAGGACGAUGUGCGUCAGUCGGCUCUCCCUCUCCACCUCGCUGCCAAUAGCACCAUCGAGGCGCACAAGCUGGCUUACAAGAUGAUUGUAUCCAGGGCCGCUGGGGGCGAAGGCGCGUCGCAGAGUCCUGAGCCUAGCUCUCGCGCUCGAUUGGGCUCGGCAGGCAUUGCAAGCUCUCCGGCCUUGUCUGCCACUCCAGGCUUACCAGCAGCAUCGCCUGGCGCUUUCGGGUCGCCCGCUCCUACCUUGCAGCCUUCGUCGACGACAGCACCCGCAAAUGUUCCUAUGUCGAUGCCCAUGCCUAUGCAAAUCUCGAUGCCCAUGGCUCCGCCCAUGUCGACUCCAACAUCCAUGUCUCCUAUGGCUGCCAUGCCUGGGAUGCCUGGUGUGCCUGGUACGGCUGGCAUGGGCAUGGUAGGCUCUCCUGGACGACCUGUUCCAUUUCCCGGAACGACCAUGACACCGACAGCAUCAUCGCCACGACCUGCUGGGACACCUGAAGGCGGGAGAAGGCCCGUAGGUCGUCCUCCAGGCAAAGGUACCCCAAGCAGGUCUAACCCUUACCCCUUCUUGGAACGACGUGUGGGACCUGGUCGACCCAAGAAACACGAGGCUGCUGCUCGUCAAGCUGCCAUCGCUGCGCACGAGGAGAUGCUUCGUAAACAAGCGUUGCAACAGCAGCAAGAGGAUAUCGUGCAGCAGCAACAAGCAGCAGCACUUGCAGCGCAGCCUAUGCCGCAGUGGCAGCAGCAACAACUGUUGCAACAGCAGCAGCAGAUGCAGCAGAUGCAGAUACAGCAACAGCAGCGACAGCAGGAACAGGCACUGCAGCGUCAGCAGCAACAGCAGCAGCGUCGUCAACAGCAGCAGCAGCAACAACAACAACAUCAGCAGCAAGUACAGCAGCAACAGCAGGCGUACUUGGAGCACCAGCGACAGCUUCAGCAGCAGCAACAACAGUAUCCGCACGGACUUAGCCCGUCGCCCUCGCAUCAGAUGCUGCCACCAGGCACACCGGGGGCUCUUGCACCCUUUGGAAGUGGCAUGGCUAUAGGAGAGCCUACUUCGCCGGUGAAACGUAAGGAAGUAGUGUUGCCGGCGGAACCACGGGAGCCGCCUGCAUUUGAAGGGUUGGAGGACCGUGUUCCUCUGAUUUCCAACUUUGCCAUUGGCAUGGAGGUGGAAGAACCGGACGGCCAGACGCUGGCCGUUCCGCCGUUGGAGAUCAAGAACGGUUUUGCUACACAGCAUACUCUGCAGAUUCCACCGAACGCUUCGAGCAUCACGAUCGAGUUUCCGUUACGCACGCUUUACAAAAGGUCGCGGUCGAAGAAGAGCGAGCAAGAGGACGCGAUCGAUCCAUCGCUUGUGGAUGGAGAUGUGUCGACGGGUGAUGCUGCUGCUGCCACCGGUUCUUCGACCAACGGCAACGGCACUGCUGAUCACGACGAAGCUGUUGCCAAACCCGCAGCGGCAAAUGGGACGGCCGACAGUGGAGCCGAGGGCGAAUCGUCCCUCACGUGGCCAUGGCAACCGGAACUGUUCUUCAACGGCAAACACACGGAGGGCAAUUGGACCGCCGCCGACGCCCUGAUCGAUCCAGAACUGCUAGAAGCAGCUGACGAUGAAGAGGGAAGCGACAAAGAAGGCAUCACCACGUCGAUCGGUUACUCGUACUGUCGCGUGCGUCUGCUGCCCAAACGAGGUAUCAACGUGUUUGAAAUCACGCUCAAACCAGAGCCUUCCCACCCGACCAUCAGCCAAAUUCCGGCUGAGAGGUACUCGAUCUACUUUUGUUGA